AUGCUUCUAGGAGGCCUAUUCAUUUCUUCUCUUCUCUCGUUGUGCACUGCUCUAGGUGCAAACCAACCAGUGAAGUCGACGAGGGACACAUCGUGUGUGAACAGCGCAUCUGAUCGAUCAUGCUGGAAAGAUGGAUAUGAUAUAUCAACCAACUACUACGAUGAGGUUCCUGAUACUGGUGUGGUCCGGGAAUAUUGGCUCAAUGUCGAAAACACCACUGCUGCGCCGGAUGGUGUUGAGAUGCCUGUACAACUGAUCAAUGGAUCUUUCCCUGGACCUACCAUCAUUGCUGACUGGGGUGAUACUGUUGUUGUUCACUUCACCAAUUCACUCCAAAACAAUGGCAGUGGUCUUCACUUCCAUGGGAUCCGUCAAAACUGGACCGAUGGUAUGGAUGGUGUUCCAAGUAUCACACAAUGCCCAAUUGCUCCGGGUGACUCCAUGACUUACCGCUGGCGUGCUGUCGAAUACGGUACUGGUUGGUACCAUUCACACUUCUACGUCCAGGCAUGGGACGGAGCAUUUGGUGGUAUUUUGAUUAAUGGCCCUGCUACUGCCAACUACGAUGUUGAUCUUGGACACGUCUUUUUAAACGAUUGGUAUCACCAAACGGCAGAUCAAUUGGUCAGUCAAGCCGCUACUGGUGGACCACCCACGGCACCCAAUGGGCUGAUUAAUGGAACAAAUACCUACGGGACAAAUGGAUCACGGUUCGAGACUUCAUUCGAACCAACGGUCAGAUACCGCCUGAGACUUGUCAAUGCAGCGGCAGACCAACACUUCCGCUUCAUGAUUGACAACCACCACCUUGAGGUCAUUGCAACUGACUUUGUUCCAAUCCACCCUUACAAUACCACUCAGCUUAGUAUUGGUAUGGGGCAGCGAUACGAUGUUAUUGUCACAGCGAAAAACCUUGCAAGCGGCAACUUCUGGUUACGUGCUAUUCCCCAAGAAGCCUGUUCCGAGACCGAUGCGGUUGAUAAUGUCAAGGGAAUCAUUCGCUACAAUAGCACAUCCACCACAGAUCCCACUACCUCCGCCUAUAGCUACACAGACUCUUGUGCGGAUGAAGCUUCUUCUGAUCUCAUCCCCUACCUGGCAAUCAACGUCUCGGAAACCUACACAUACGAUACAUCAGAAAAGGUUGCCGUCGAGGUCACUGACAAUGCCUUGCUCUGGACCAUGAACAAGACUUCUUUCCGUACCCAAUGGGAGUACCCCACCCUACUUCAGGUUGCAGAGGGCAACAAUACAUGGACCCAGAAGCAGCGUGUCAUCCAUCUUCCAGAGGCUGAUAAGUGGGCCUACAUGGUCAUUCACUCUCCGUUCGCCCAAGACCACCCGAUGCAUCUCCACGGUCACGAUUUCUGGGUCUUGGGCUCCGGGUAUGGCGAGUUUGACUCUUCAAACCCUGACUCUCUCACGCUGGUGAAUGCGCCCCGACGUGAUGUUGCAAUGAUGCCAGCUAGUGGCUACUUGGUCAUUGCAAUCAAGACCAAUAACCCUGGUGCCUGGCUUAUGCACUGCCACAUCGCCUGGCACACGUCUGAGGGCUUUGCCGUCCAAAUUCUCGAGCGCCAAUCGGAAAUCAAGUCUGACUAUGCUCAGCUAAACUCUACCUGUUCAAAGUGGUCGGAAUAUGUGCACAGCGAUGAUCUGACCCAGUAUGAUUCUGGUGUCUAG